CGUCAACGAGAGUCAGCAGGAAGCCGCGGUGGAAACCACACCUUCUUUAACUUAUAAUACUUUACGCAUCCUUCGUAGCAAAGCCACCCACUUCCGUCCUCCUGACCCUCCUCUUCACUUCAUCUCUUCCACCGUCUCUCCGCCUCUUAACCUUGAUUGUGUCAUGGCAGACUGGUUUGUUGGCAAGAUCUUGGAUAAGAUCAUCAACACGAUCUUGGAUAAGAUCAUCAACACUUCCUUUGAUAACCUGCACGAUCAACAUAGACGGCAGACAGGCAUGAAGGAGGAGCUCGAAAGGCUUCGAGAGAACCACCUCAAGAUCCAAGCUGUCGUCUCUGCUUAUACCCGAGCACAGAUCACAGAUCGCAACCCGGCUCUCAACAGAUGGAUGUGGCAGGUACGAGAUGCCAUCGAUGAGGCAGAUGAUGUUCUUGAUGACUUUGAGUACAUGAAGCUUGAAGAAGAACAACAGGAGCAGAUCAGACGAAACACGGAGAAAACAAAGGUGCGUUCUGCAGGCACUGGCUUUUUUUCUGGAAUUUUUUCUAAAAAUCGUAAAGGCAACGAACGGCCUCUCAAAAUUGAUCCCAACUUGGAGAGACUGGAGGCAGCUGUGAAGAAACUUGAUAAAGUUUCAGAUGAGGUCAGUACUUUCCUUCAUCUCAUCGAAAACGCAAAGCAAGAGCAGCAGGAGCUGGAGCUCAAGUUGUACAGAGAUCGUGAAACAGGAUGCUUGCCUAAAAAUGAUCUCAUCGGUCGACGCAAGGAGAAGGAUUUUGUUAUGCAGUGGUUAAGGAAGCCAACAAAUAAAGAUCCAAAUCAUACUUUGUACAAAAAUAUUUCUCUUCUAUCCAUAGUGGGCCAUGGUGGCAUGGGCAAGACAACUCUUUUACAACACAUCUAUGAAGAUCUUAAAGAAAAAUUUGAACUGAAAAUGUGGGUUUGUGUUUCCAACGACUUUGAUGCAAAAAAGGUGAUUGCCGAUAUGUUGGAAUGUCUUAAGAAGGAGAGGCCUCGUUUGGAUUCACUCGCUGCUUUUCAAGAGAGUCUUAAAUUUGAGGUGCAAUUCAAAAAAUUCUUGCUUGUUCUGGAUGACAUUUGGGAGGAAGAUAUGAGCAAAUGGGAGAAUGUACUCUCCCCUCUGACUCGUGGAAGUUUCGGAAGUAAGAUUUUGAUAACUACUCGAAUGGAUACAGUUGCAUCGGCAAUUGCAAAGGUUAUUAAAACGAAGAUGAAAACUUUGAGAAUAAAGGGCUUGGAGGAACAUGUGUGUUUGAAGCUACUCAACACCCAUGCAUUUGCCGGUGUAGAGAACCUUGGUGCUCAUAAAAAAUUAACAGACAUUGCUAGUUCAAUAGUUAAAAAGCUUUCAGGCUCUCCACUGGCAGCAAAGGUCAUUGGAGGUGUUCUCAAUUCUAACUUGAAUGAGAGCUUUUGGAUGGAAAUUUUAGAAAGUAAUGUUCUAAAAGUAGAACCAGAACCGGGUUGCAAUAACAUUUUGCCUAUCUUAAGUUUGAGUUUUACUUUCCUCCCACAACCUCUACAAAAUUGUCUUGCAUUUUGCGGCAUAUUCCCACAAGAUCAUGAGUUUGAUAAAGAUGAUUUAGUCCGAAUGUGGAUUGCAUUGGGUUUCAUUCAGGAAUCUUCUAUUGAAGGAGAGACUUUGGAAGAUAAUGGAGGAAGGUAUUUUGAUGAUUUGGUCAGAAAAUCUUUCUUUGUCGAGUUUCAGGAUGACGAGAGAGUAUACUAUAAGAUGCAUGAUUUAUUACAUGAUUUGGCACAGUCUAUUUCUUCAGAAGAAUGUUAUAGAUUUGUGGGAGAUAAUGUUUCAUCUUUUAGACUUCCUAAAACUAUUCGGCACUUAUUUGUUGAAACUGAAAAUCUCGAAGUGUUGAGAAUGAUCAAAGAUGUUAAAUCCCUACAUUCACUUUUUUUAACAAGUCAAAUACAUGUUCAAUAUUUUACUGAAAUGCUUACUGACAUUUUUAAGGAAUCAAGAAGCAUUCGUUUAUUGUUUAUACACUGUCGAUGGCAGAAAAAGACGUCUGAGGCUAUUAAAAAUUUGAGACAUCUUCGAUAUUUGAAUCUUACUGCAGAUCUCACUCAGAUGCCAAGAUCUCUAAGCACAGCCCUCCUUUCCAGCGGUUCUCAGCGGAGCAAAAAUGGGAAAGAAUAUUUCUUUGAUUCUUUUCCUGAUUCCAGCUUCCUUCAAUCCGAGGGAGCAAAUUUCGGCCUCCUUCCACCAAUUUCGCCCGUCAGAAACAAUAGAAGGAAAUCGCCUCCUCUAGGAAAGCCUCCGUAUUCCCUUCCGAUUAUGACCGAAAAUUUCUCCGCUUUCCUUCUUUGCUCUGUCCGCCGAACCGCUUCCCUGGCCUCGAACUCCUCUGCGAAGUAA